UCGGAACUGUAGCCGGCGUUCCCCGGACCCACUGUUUUCGUGGGGCGGCCGCCGCCCGCGCACCUCUGCCAGCCAUGGGGCUGCUGGAGCAGUGCGAGGAAGUGUUCGGCACCGCCGACCUUUACCGGGUGCUGGGUGUGCGGCGCGAGGCCUCGGACGGCGAGGUCCGACGCGGCUACCACAAGGUGUCCCUGCAAGUGCACCCGGACCGGGUGGGUGAGGACGACAAGGAGGAUGCCACCCGCCGCUUCCAGAUCCUCGGGAAAGUCUAUUCUGUUCUCAGUGACAAAGAGCAGAGAGCCGUGUACGACGAGCAGGGAACAGUGGACGAGGAUUCCGAUGUGCUCAGCCAAGAUCGGGACUGGGAGACGUAUUGGAGGUUACUCUUUAAAAAGAUAUCUCUAGAAGACAUUCAAGCUUUUGAAAAGACAUACAAAGGUUCUGAAGAAGAGCUGGCUGAUAUUAAACAGGCCUAUCUGGACUUCCAAGGGGACAUGGGUCAGAUCAUGGAGUCUGUGCUGUGCGUGCAAUACACAGAGGAACCCAGAAUAAGGAACAUUAUUCAACAUGCAAUUGAUGCUGGAGAGGUCCCACCCUAUAAGGCCUUUGUCAAAGAAUCGAAGCAAAAGAUGAAUGCUAGGAAAAGGAGGGCUCAGGAAGAGGCUAAAGAAGCAGAGAAGAGCAGGAAGGAGUUGGGACUCGAUGGAGAAGAUAACUUGAAAGCUCUCAUUCAGAGCAGACAAAAGGAUCGGCAAAAGGAAAUGGACAAUUUCCUGGCUCAGAUGGAAGCAAAGUACUGCAAAUCUUCCAAACAAGGAGGGAAAAAAACAGCUGUCAAGAAAGAAAAGAAAUAAUGGAGUUUUCUCUUCAAAAGUCCUUAGGGGUUAAUUGGUGUCAUUGAAGGAAAGGUAGAGUCAAGAUUUGAAGACCAAAGUCGGUUCAACCCUUGAGAAAAGUUGUCUUUUCCACCUAAAUAUUUAGAUUGAGUAUGUAAGCCAGAGUCUGUCAAUCUGAUCUUAGUAUAUCCUAGAAAUCCCCUGACAGUCUGUGAAGUCCUCCUCUGAAGGAAUUUGGUGGUGGUCAUUGAGGGAGAGGCUGGUACACUUCUGACAGCACUUGCUUCCAGUAGGUCUUCUGUACAAGGAACUUUAUCUAGAAUGUGGGUCUGUCCAUACUUCCUUCACCAGCAGUCAUUUUGCCACACAAGAAUGAGCUGCAGAGUAUUCUGAGUGAUGUGUGUGUUUAUUAGAAGAGUUACUCUAUCUAGCUAGGAUGUCUUCAGAACACUUGCUGGACAUCUGUCUUCCAAACACUUGACAAUUUGCUUUCUGUCUUAAUAUUCUUGAAUAGAUUCUCUUUUUUGUUUGUUUGUUUUACUCAACCAGGUUUUGUACGCUUUGCUUUAAGUAUAGGAGAAACAGGUGUUCACUUUAUUACUUCAAGCAUCUUUAUAAGUCUUAUACACGAUUAAACUAAACAAUUAAAAAUGACUUAAGUUUUUAAUGAUCACUGGGAUAUUACUGCUGAACGUCCUUGGGCACGUCACUGAGCUUGUCUGAACGUGUUUUCUCAUCUAUGAAAGGGUGAAGGAGUUUGGGUAAAUGACUUCUUAGAGGCUCCUCUCUUGAAAGGCAAGCCAUCAGUGGUUUGUUUUCAUGCACUUGUGGUAUUGAUUUGUGAGACUAGUGCAGAGAUUUUCCCGUAUAGUUAGUCAAAUUGUAUGUAUUCGUUAGAAUAUAUGGAAGUUUUUUAGGGACCGUUCAACUUAAAAUCUCUGACUUGUAGACUAAUAUAUUCAGUGCCAUAUGCGUGAAACAAGCCUUCUAUUACCUUUAUGUAUCAUGAUUUAUCAGAGAUGAGCAUAUGACAUGUUUUCAGUUUGAUUAUAAACAGGUUAAAAAAUACUCUUUAAUUGUAUUAAAAUAUAAUUUAAUGCAGGUUGUUUGAAGCAUCUUUCUUCAUAUAAUAGCUUUAGAACACUUUGAUAUAAUAAAAAAAUUAUCCCAACUUA